GCUUGAGUUGUGGUUGGAUGUAAAACUCUAAAGUUGUCCACUUUGUGAGUUGGCAAACAGCAGGAAGCAAAACUUACAUAUCUGCUGAAAAUGACCCUAUAUAAACGACGUCGUAUCCUAUAACUGACUUGAAUCAGGAAAUCGUAAUUUGUACUUAAAACCCUUAAAUUCUUCAUUUCAAUUUGUAAGAAUCUCUCCAUCCAUAAGAAUCUCUCCAUCCACAACUGCUUCAACUUUUUUACCCUUGAUUCUCUCGGAAAUCUGGAAAAAAACCCACGAAUUAAAACCCUAAAGUCCUCAAUCAUAACCUUAAAAUCCUUAAUUAAAACGCAGACAAAUUAAACGACAUGCAAAACGGAAGUAGUAGCAACAAUGGCGGACAAGGAAGGCUGCCGUUAUCAGCGGUGGUAGCAGAUUGUGUAAAGAGAUGGUUUCAUGAUACUCUUAAAGAGGCUAGAGGGGGUGAUGUUAACAUGCAAGUUCUUGUUAGUCAGAUGUAUUACUCUGGUUAUGGAGUUCCCAAAGAUACUAAUAAGGCAAGGGCAUGGAUGUCAAAGGCUUCUAGAUCAAGAUCAUCGGUUUGGAUUGUGGGUGAAAAGCAUCCUGGUUAUAAUGCAAGUGAUUCAGACUCUGAUGAAAUGAUGGGUGAAGCACAGUGACCAAUUGAUUUAGACGUUGUUACUUUGGUUAUGGCCUUCAUAUGAAAACUUUUUUCUAUAGGUAGACAUUUCUUUGUAUUAUUCCUUUAUGUAUGCAACAAACUAUUCCAGUGAUGAGUUGUGAUAUAAUGACAACAUUAUUUAAUCAUGGUUGAAUCCAUUGUUAAUAAAUUGAUUGCAUGCUUC